AAAAAAUCAUCAUCAUCAUCAGAAUUUACAGGAAGAUCGGCACGGCUGGUUCCGCGAACUUGCAGAUUCGGAGUUAUUACGAUUUCGUCGGUUUUUCUUUAACCACCGGAUAGUUACUGCUACCAACCUGGUUUGGUCAAGGAUACUCCUCAGUUUCUUCCCGCUUGUUUGUCUGCUUACGAUUAAUUUUUUUGAUCGUUUUUGUUCGGUUGCCUUUGGAAACGCCAAUCAAACGCAAUCUUUCCUGCCGCCGGAGAAGAAUUUUGGUUACAAGACAUCUGCCGUUGUUUUCCCCGGAACUGCCAUAAUGACAUCGUCAUUCAAGCUCGUCAGCACGACCAAGGCAAACGGGGUCAUACCGGUGCAUAAGUAUCGCUCUGAGCGCACGGGUUUGACUGUCAUCGUGGGGAAAGUUGAAGGUCCUUUGGUAAACGGAUACUUUGCGUUGGCAACCGAGGCACACGACGAUGAUGGUCUGCCGCACACGCUGGAGCAUUUAAUUUUCCUGGGUUCGGAAAAGUACCCUUUCAAGGGGGUGCUAGAUUUAGUGGCCAAUCGGUGCCUAGCUUCAGGUACCAAUGCUUGGACAGACACCGACCAUACCUGCUACACUAUGACCACUGCCGGAAGUGGAGGAUUCCUGACACUUUUGCCUGUGUAUCUGGACCACAUCCUUUACCCAACUCUUACAGACUCCGGUUUUAUUACCGAAGUCCACCACAUUUCCGAGGAUGGAGAGGACGGUGGAGUCGUUUACUGCGAAAUGCAAGGCCGAGAAAACACCGGCGAAUCUCGAGUCCAUUUGGAAAUGCUACGUGCCAUUUAUGCUGGUAGUGGAUACAGCUCGGAAACCGGGGGAAUAAUGCAUAAUCUACGAACGAGUACAGAUAACAAAAAAGUUCGUGAUUACCAUGCUCAGUUUUAUCGUCCCGAAAAUUUACAUGUCAUCAUCACGGGUCAGAUCAACCCUGACGAUGUGUUCAAGGUCCUGGAACCCGUUGAACAGAAAAUCCUUUCCAAAUCUAAGCUGUCGGAAUUUAAUAGACCCUGGCAGUCUUCGGUGGAUCCUCUACCGGAAUCUAAAAACAUUCGAAUUGUCUAUCCUGCUGACGAGGAAGACUGCGGCCUAGUGUAUGUGGCUUGGCGUGGUCCGAAGGCAACUACUGAAUACGACGAGCUGACAUCGUGCUCCGUUUUACUACGCUAUCUGUCGGACACUUCGGUUAGCCCGUUACAGAGAGAAUUUGUAGAAACGGAUGAUCCUUACGCCAGUCGCGUUGGGUACAAUAUUGCCGAGAAUUCCGUUUCAUUGUUGUACCUGUCAUUCGAAAAUGUACCGUUGGAUAAAGUCGAUCAAAUAUUCCCGAAAUUAGAAAGCAUUUUGAAAAAGAUUGGCAGUGGAGAGGAACGUAUUGACAUGAAAAGGAUGGCCAGCGUUUUAGAAAGAUAUAUUCUGGAGGCACUCAGUAAUCUGGAGAGUAAUCCUCACGAUGUUGUAGCUUUCCACGUUAUUGGAGAUGUUCUUUACGGUGAAACUGCAUCAGAUUUUGAAAAACAUCUCAACACCAACGAAUAUCUGCAAAAACUUAAAAGCAAAGAUGAAUCGUUUUGGUUGGAUUUAUUGAAAAAAUAUCUCAUCGAUGCAAAGUACGUCGUAGCCCGUGCGGUUCCCAGCAUCGAAGAGCAGAAGCGUUCGGCCAAGGAAGAGCAGGAGCGCAUCGAAAAACAACGAUCUGAUCUGGGCGAGGAGGGAUUGGCCAAGAAGGGCAAAGAACUAGCCGAAGCCAUGGCGGCCAACGAAAUUCCACCACCUGACGAUAUGCUGACAUCGAUACCGGUCCCUUCGUUGGAUGGAAUCGAAUUCCAUCCGGUUGAAAUUUACAAAUCAUCCCGUAAUGCGAAUCCACCGGGAGUGGAACUUAGCAAACUGCCUGUUUAUGCUGAAGCGUACCAUUUGCAUUCUAACUUCUGUUAUAUACUUGUUACUAUGAAUACAGAACCAGUUGAACCUGAGCUGAGACCUUACUUGUUACUGCUGAUGGAGCUGCUUACUGAGUCACCCAUUCGACGAGGCGACAAAUUGAUCCCCUAUGAAGAAGUAGUGGCAGCUCUUGAAGCUGAUACCAUCGAUAUUGGUUCUCGCCUUGGGUUUGAAUCUAACAGCAGAUUUAGUUUGGGACCUUUUGGAAGCACCGCCACGUUGAGUUUGGAAAUUGUAAGGGAAAAAUACGUUACCGGCAUCAAUUGGAUCGCGGAACUUUUGCAUAAAACAGAAUUUCCCGUCGAAAGAGUUAAAGUUUGUGCAUCAAAAAUGGUUAACGAUGUAGCUCAGGCGAAAAGGGAAGGCAAUUCAAUCGUUCGUGAUCUACUGAAGGCUAUGUACUACGAACCGGACAGCAAUAUGCGUGUAAGUUCUUUGCUGAAGCAGCUCAAAUUUUUGACAGCUCUUCUUGAGCAAUUGGAAAGUGGAGAGGAAGCAGCAGCUAAGGUGAUUGCCAAUUUGAAUAAAGUUCGGAACAUUAUAACAAAACCUGAAAAUUUGGGAAUACAUAUGGCGGCUGAUUGGAAUAAAAUGGCAGAUAUGCAAAUCGAUCUAAUGAGUCCUUGGACAAAGUUGGUAGCAGAGGGUGUACCGAAUAAGCAAUUCAAAGCCACUCCGGAUUGGAAGUUGAUGAAAGAAGGUGGCAAUUUGAAAGGCUCGACUGGCGUUGUAGUCGGAUUGGGAAGCGUUGAAAGUGCUUUCCUGUAUCAGAGCUCGCCUGGUAUCAGCGAUUUCAACGAUGAAGACUUGGCACCAUUAAUGCUAUUUUUGCAGUAUCUGACUCAACUAGAGGGACCAUUGUGGCGUCAGAUUCGUGGACAAGGAUUUUCAUAUGGGUACAACAUUGUUCCACGACCCAAUGAAGGACUACUGUACUUCACUCUAUAUCGUGCAACUAAUGUGGUUGCGGCCUAUAAGGAAGCCAAAUCUAUCACGGAGAAACAAUUACAACCCAAGGCAGAGUGGGAUCAAACGCUGCUGGAAUCAGCUCGUAGCUCUUUGAUUUUCGAAAUUAUUGCCCGAGAAAAAAGCAUUGGAAACGUUGUGGUGCAAUCGUUCCUCUCCAGUUUUAAACAGGUCCCGGCCGGCUAUAAUCAAGCCUUGGUUCGCCGCGUCGGCAAAGUCACUGAGGAGGAUUUGGCACGCGUUGGGGCCAAAUACGUGAAGAAGCUUUUCUCAGCGGAAGCUCGUACGGCCAUCGUUUGCCAUCCGGAUAAAGCAGCUGAUAUCGCCGCUGCUUUCGAACAGCUUGGCCAUCACCUUUUGGUGGAAACCUCUUUAGAGGGAAGCAUUCUGGCCUAAACAAGAUGAGUUGAUUACGGAUACUGGCAUUUAUUGCAAUUGUUUGAAUAUUUUUUCAGCUAUUUUUUGUGAGCAUUGCGAGUCAAUUGAUGUAUUUUUCUUAGUGAUGAAAUUAUAUCCAACAUUUUACUUCGUAUUCCCGA